CAGGCUCCAGUGCGGCCGCUGAUUGGCUGCCGAAGGCUUGGUCCCAUCCCAGUGACCCCAAAGUGCUGGAGGGAGGGGGCGGGGGUGGCCCAGUGCAAAGUGCAUCCAGAAAACCCCCUGCCUGGAGCCCCCGUGGCAGGCACUUCGGACCCUGUAUGACCCGGGACCUCGUUGCCCCGAGACCUCCCGUGUCCGCCCGUAGCUGGGAGCCUCCGGCCCGGAGCGCGGCAGCCCCCUGCUCCGAGCCCUCAGACCGGGACUGCCCCCCCCAACCCAAGUCGGGACUUCCUCCCUGCACCCCUGCCCCGAGGCUGCCCGGCGGCCAGGACCGCCGCCCCCCCGCCCCCAGUCUGCUCGGCUGUCUGGAUGCUCGCCGGGCUGGGGCCGUGAGGCACCGAGGAGGAUCAGGAACACCCGUGUCCGGCCCUGCCUGAGGUGUUUCUUCAAUGGAGAAGUUGGUGAGUGUGGAGGAGGCUGAAAGGAGGAAGAGAAGCAGCAGCUGAGGAGACAGGUUUGAGCUGGCUGGAGGAGACGAGAGAGCAGGAAGGCGUCUGCCCACCCACCAGAGAAGCAGCGGAGAGCCUCUGACCAGCAUCCUCUAUAAAGAGGGAGAAAAACUGAUUUUAAUCGAAGAUAUUCAGUGAUGUAUCUUGAGAGAGUUGUGAAUAAUACUUACUUUCCUUAUAGGUUAAGAGAGCUUAUUUGUGCUGCAAUCUGGACAUACUCUGAGCCCCCUCCCCACAAUGCUGUAUGUGCACAAUGAUUAUUAGGCAAUCCAUCUAUCAGGAGAAGGGACAUUCUUCUGUAAGGCUGAUCCCUGUGACCUAAUGAAUCCUUUGUAAAAAGUGGACUCAGCUAGGAUGUUACACCACCACUGUCGAAGGAACCCUGAACUCCAGGAAGAAUUGCAGAUUCAGGCUGCAGUGGCUGCCGGGGAUGUUCACACAGUACGAAAGAUGUUAGAACAAGGCUAUUCUCCAAAUGGCCGGGAUGCUAAUGGCUGGACCCUGCUACAUUUCUCUGCAGCAAGAGGAAAGGAAAGAUGCGUUCGAGUAUUUCUAGAACAUGGAGCUGAUCCCACAGUUAAGGACUUAAUCGGAGGCUUCACUGCUCUUCAUUAUGCGGCCAUGCACGGCCGGGCCCGGAUCGCACGCUUGAUGUUAGAAUCUGAAUACAGGAGUGACAUCAUUAAUGCAAAAAGCAAUGAUGGCUGGACUCCCCUCCAUGUGGCUGCUCACUACGGUAGGGACUCAUUUGUCCGACUCCUACUAGAGUUCAAGGCUGAGGUCGACCCACUGAGUGAUAAAGGUACAACGCCACUUCAGCUCGCCAUUAUCCGAGAGAGAUCAAGCUGUGUGAAAAUCCUCCUGGACCACAAUGCCAACAUCGACAUUCAGAACGGUUUCCUGUUGCGAUAUGCUGUGAUCAAAAGCAACCACUCUUAUUGCCGAAUGUUCCUUCAGAGAGGAGCAGACACAAACUUGGGUCGCUUAGAAGAUGGACAGACUCCUUUACAUUUGUCUGCCCUUAGGGAUGAUGUGCUCUGUGCACGGAUGUUGUAUAAUUAUGGAGCGGACACGAACACACGGAACUAUGAAGGGCAGACCCCAUUGGCUGUUUCAAUAAGUAUUUCUGGAAGUGGUCGACCGUGUUUGGAUUUCUUACAAGAAGUCACAAGACAACCCAGAAACUUGCAGGACCUGUGCCGAAUUAAAAUUCGACAGUGUAUAGGCCUUCAAAACCUAAAGCUACUUGAUGAACUACCAAUUGCCAAGGUCAUGAAAGACUACUUAAAACACAAAUUUGAUGAUAUCUGAUAUACACGGAACUGUGAGCAAGAUUAGGAGUUAUAUUCCAGAUACUUAAAAGGCUUUUUGCCUUGCACAAAGUAUAUCCUAUGCAAUUUCUGAUUUGCUGUGAAGUCAGAAAGCAGGUAUACACUUUUAGGUUUUUUUGUUUGUUUGUUUGGUUUUCAUUGUAGGGGAGGGAUUUUUUUAUAUAUAUAAACACACACACCACAUGCUUGAAGGUCUUAAUUUGGUUUCUUGGUCCAAGUUUAAGAGGUCCAAGCUUUGUAUACAAUAUUGCAUUUACAAAAAUUGUUUUUCCAAAAUGACACGAGCAGUUUCAGAGUGGAGAAUUUACCCUUUCCAAAUUUAUGGUUUCAUCGGUGUGCGCGAUACUAUAAACCAACAGAGCACUUGUUAGAGUUCGGAGGCACAGUUUCACCCAGAGGGGGUCCUGGGUUCUACUGGAAAAUGCCCUAAGAAAUUUUUUUAAAAUAGUGCUGUCGCCUCAGUCAUUUUUAAUGAGUACAAAUUGGCUGUUUCAAACUGUUGUUUUCCUAAUUAACGUACCUUUCAGAUGACAUAAAUCCAGUACCUCUGCUUUCCUGUUGGUGUGCUCUUGUUUUUAACUUAUUUUUUUAACAACUGUAGUACACUACCCAGAGACAUUGGGUCUCAACUUCUGUCUCUAGUUGAAUUGUGCUUUUAAAAAAAUUAAUGGGAAAGAAAAUAACUUUAUAAAGCCAGUGUAUUCUGUUUUUAAAACAGUGCCUCCAGUGCAAUACUCCUUCUGGUGUAUUUUAUCCAUUAUUUCACUUGAUGUUCCUCAUUCUACAGCCGGCUUUGACAUGCCCAUGAGAACAGCAACAGCCACUUUAAUUUUAAUUGCACAACCUUAGUAUGUCAGUUGCAAUUUCCAUUUUAAGCUUUGUCUUUUACUUCACUUUAAGCAGAAAAUUUCGUAUUCUGGUGGUAUAGUAUUCCCUAAAAAUAGCCCAAAAUAUUGUUAAACCAUUUGGCUUUAAUGGUUAAAUAAUUUGAGGCGGUUUCGUGGUGUUCUUUUCUUCCAGUUUAAAAAAAAUUUCUAAAGGGUAAAAUUUCUAAUGGGUGCACAUUUGUACGUCUGGUUAAUUCCUAAUAUGCUAAUUAAACAUUUUCUAUCUAUUUUAUGGUUAUACACAGUAAAGCUCUUUGGGACAGUUAUUUUAUUUUCUGGGUUGAUUGGGCAUAUGUUUGCAGUGUAAACAUGGAUAUGAUAAAGUGUCAACAAUGGAAAAGGUUCCAGAGGCAUCAGGGAUCGAUGAUGAUGCCCUUGGAGAUGUGUUCUGUGUUUGAUUUGUCAUCAUAGUAGUUUCAGAAGAACCUUUUCAAUAUCCUAGUAUUGUUCUUAGUGCUUUGGGAAAUUUCAAAAUAUUUACACCCUGGUAAUAAACUUGUUAUCAGAAGUUUACAAGAUGAAGGGCUUCUCUUGUCUGAAUUUCUAGUUCUCAGUCAUUAGGUAUAAAACUAUUUCACCUGAAAAAUAUAAAUAAGCAGAAUUAGGAGUCUACUCUGGCUUUCCCUUUUCUCAGAGCGAGCAGUGAUAUUUUCUCGAUCACAAAGUUUGUUCUCUUGGCUGCAGAGUGGCUGUGGCAUCGGAGUAUCUGAUCUGCUUGUGCCUGGGCAGUGCACAUGUUUCUGAAGAACGGGGAGCUUCAGAAAAAGGAUGAUUUGGGAGAUCGCUGAUGGGGUACAUAGACUCUUUUGCAGGGAGCCAGUGAGAGUGUGGCCAGUUUGUAACCAUCCCAAAACUGUAACUGGAGUCUGAUGGAUAGAAAUGGGUGGUCUUUUUCCCCAUAAAAAUACCUCCAAAAAGUUUUCUUCAAGGAGAGUCCCUUGUGAAGAUAGGAGCUAUGCUGUGUUCUCAUUCUUUAAACCCAUACCCAGGUCAGAGCUAAGACACAUGAGCAGCAUCAGGGACAUGGCACGGCCAGAAAUGAAUUGUGUUACUUCUCCCUAAAACCCGAGGCCUAGGGAGACAAGGAGAUGGGAGGGGCCCCGGGGUCCUGCACUCUGAGCAGUAAUAUUAAUGUUCUGUUCACACAGGGCUUAUUUCCUCAUAUGUGUGCAUUAAUUUAUUCAGUUACUAGAAUGAUUUUCUUUCCCAAACCAUUCAAAGGUUUCCAAACUAAGUUAGCCACUGAGUUUGAGUCAGGGAAUUCCAAGUAAAAAGAUCAGAUUAAGGUAAAUUCUUUGUUCUGUAUUGCUGCUGUGACUUCAGAAAAAAAUUAUGAGAGCUCUUCCUGGAAUUGAAAUUUCUAUUUAAUGAAGAAGUAUAUAAUUCCAUUAUUUAUUCUUUGAGGUUUGAUUUAUCUGGAAGCUUAAAAAAGAUUUUUUUGUUGUUAAUAAAAUCCCAAUCACAUAUCAUUUAACAAUAACUAAAAUGUCUCGAAGUUGGUAACGGAUGGAAAAUAGGUCCACAUUUGCAUUUGGUUGGAGAGAAGCAUUCUGUGGUCCCAUAAUGAGUAGAGAGAACAAGUAUUUUCGGAAAAUCAACUGCUUGGUUUUCCAGAAUCUUGACUGAAAUGUUCAGAAUAGUAUCAAAUUCAUCACUGAUCCUUCUAUGUUUCUUUUGAAAUUUAUUAUUUAAGCCUAUUACUGAACCUUUAUAAAAAUAUAUUUGGCAAGUACACCAAAGAAACCAGCUCAUAAACGACUAUGAUCAUUAAUGAACUGCAAACCUCAUCUUUUGGAAAUGGAAGAAUUUUUUUUGUGUGUAAAUAUUUGUGUUUAUAAAUGUACAGCAGAGUAAGAGUGUUUUUUAGAUUAUUUAAUUCUCAUAUUUCUAAACUAUUUACUACAGAAUAAUCCACGCUUGUUAGUUUGGAGGACUUGACUGUUUUGUUUUUUAAUUCAUUAUCAGUCACGCUUGGAACAGCAUUUCCGCUAGAGAAUUCACUGUUCUGCCAGUAGCAAGAGUACACAUCUGGAGCAUGAGGGAGUCUAGUGUGAUUUGUCAGAUGCACACCCUAAGAGACAAGAAUGUGUAGUUUAAUUACCAGAGUGGACCAUACGCAAAUUGAGAUUCUAACUUUCCUGCAGAAUUGCUCUUUAGCCCAGAAUGUGAUUGGGAUGAGGCCCUUUGCCCACAAAUUUAGCUUUCAUGUAACUCCUAGUGUGUUAUAUCAUAAUGUAUUUUGUUCUUCCUUUGUAAUGUAAGUUUUGCUUUGGGUCAAUUUGAAUUAAAAAAAAACUUAAAUCUGGUUUAAAACAUA